AUGAUCUGCUCGAUUUGCUCGGAUAAAGCCGAGGGAUACCACUUCGGGGCGAUUAGCUGUGCAGCCUGCGGAGCAUUCUUCCGACGGAGUGUCUCCGAUCAGAAGGUCUACGCGUGCUCCAACAGGACUUGCAAUAUCGCUCACGGUACUGUUUCAAUAGAUUGUCAAACAAUGAGACUUGGAAACUUUCUACAAUAAAUGACAAAUAUCUGUUUGUGGGUGUCUCCAUAAGUGUGUCCAACCUGAUCCUUUCAGAUCCUUCAAAACGUGGCGGAAGCUGCCGAUUUUGCCGCUUCUUAAAGUGCGUAACAAGCGGAAUGAUGCCUCAAGGUUAUUCGAAACAUUUUUGCAAAUCCAUCGCGAUGCUUUAGAUGUGAAAGCGAAACGGUCAUCGGGUCAUUAUCAUCAGAGCUCAACGUCGCUCUACCGAACUAUGAACCAGAGUUCAAUCCUUCUCAUCGAUCAAAUCAUCGGAUUCCGGCGGAAUAUUGCAGCCGAGAGGCCUGGAUUUGAAGCGGUUAGUUGAAGACCUCAAAACGGGGGUGUUGGUGGGGGAUUUGAGAAAGAUUUGAUAAAUCGAGUUCGGCCCGGUAAAUCUCGCGCGAUUUGAGCAGAUUUACUCUAAUAUUGAGGAUGAACCGAUCAGGAACAUUCAUUUCCAGAUGAGAGGACCCAUAAACCGAGCCAAUUUGAUGGUUUUCCUCCAUCAAGACUAUGAAAAUGUGAAGAGAAUCGCCGCCAGAUGCCCACUUUUCAUGCAAAUCAUCGAGAAUCUGAACACGCCGUUCGGAAGCCAGCAGAAGGCGAGUCAGAGAUGGGAGAUGGUCUCAAGUUGAGGAUGUUCAGAACAUUUGCGUUGCAGGAAGACCCCCUCCGCGACAUUUUCCUCGUCGUUUUCGUGUUCGAAGCCUGUUGUCUGACCUCUUCGAAAGGGGGCGUACAGUUGGAUCGACUGGUGCUGCCGAACUUGGUAUCGGGGGACCGGGAAUCGGAUGGCAACUGAUCGGCACCGCUUUUCAGAUGUUCGUGGAUCUGAGUGAGCACGCGUUCAUCGAGUUCUUACAGUUUGAGCCUCCGUCCGAGAGUGCCAGGUGAGAGCGGAAAUUUCAGAAAAAUGCUUAUCACGAUCUUUGCAGAAACGUGCACAACGCGUUCUCGUUCCUCGUCCAACUGGCCGCCCGUUCGUUCCAAUCCGCCAACUUUGACGAGUCGUUCCUCGCGGUCCUUUUGUAUACCGUACUCACGGAGACGGUCCCGCUCAGCUUCCGACAUCGAUUCGCCGAAGUGAACAGAGAAAGUCUUCUGGCGGAUUUGAACAGAGGUACGUCGAGAAGAAACAAAACUGUGAUGGGGAAUGAAUGGUUUCAGUGGAUCCGGCCACGGGACCACAAUUCCACACGAUCACCGGACACAUCCAUCACGGAACCCGAGUGUUCAAGGACGUCAUUUCGGGUUUCUAG